GGACAUACCCAUGCGUUUAAAAAGGAACAGUGUAGAGAUCCUUAACCUACAUGAAAGAGUUAUUUAUUAGAUCUGAGUUAGCUACGUUAAUGUAAAUAUAGUACGUGUUCUUGAAGUCUAGUAAAGACAUGGUGGAUUAUUAUCACGUUCUGGGAGUACCGCGAAAUGCCUCCUCGGAAGAUAUAAAAAAGGCGUAUAGGAAGCUAGCCCUACAGUAUCACCCAGACAAGAAUCCAGAUAGUAAGGAGGAAGCGGAAAGGAAGUUCAAGGAGAUCGCAGAGGCCUACGAAGUUCUGUCUGACAGUUCAAGGCGAGACGCUUACGACCACGGCAGCAGCCAUGGAAACCGUAGCACAGGCUUCGGGGGCUCCUCCGCACAGAGGGAUUUCUGGGAUACGCCUUUCCGCAACCCGGACGACGUUUUUCGGGAUAUUUUCGGGGAUGACUUUGAUUUCGGUGGCAGGAUGAACGACAGGGCCUGGGGAAGUUCUUACAGCUCGCAGCCUGGGACAAGCUCCUUCUUUUCCUCCCCCUCCACCGGAGAUGACUUUGAUUUCGGUGGCGGGAGGAACAGCUGGACCUGGGGAAGUUCUUACAGCUCGCAGCCUGGGACAAGCUCCUUCUUUUCCUCCCCCUCCACCGGAGGAGCAAGCUUCUUCCAAUCAGCAAUGAGAGGACUGGCAAAUACUUUAUUUGGAGUUGGGAUGAGAUCCACCUCCGUCACCACCUGCACAAGAACCGUCAAUGGAAGAAGCAUAACCACCAAAACAGUGAAGGAAAAUGGCCAGGAGAGAACCGAGAUUGUGGAGGAUGGAGUCUUGAAGACCGUGCUGACCAAUGGCGAGGAGGACCCGGCGGCCCUCGACGUCGCGCGAGGACGGAGACCAGGCCAGGGCCCGGCGGUACGGCGGCAGCAGCAGCAGCAGCAGCACGACAACAGGAAGAGGAAGUUCAAGGACGGGCAGGACCCAGGGACCCCCGUGCGGCAGCAGGGGGCGGCAGCCGCCGAUUUGAACACAGGUCUGAGUAGAGGGGCAAACAAGUCUACGUGGCGUACAAAAGAAGCAUAAAAUCUUCUCCUUCCACACACCCCCCCCCCCCCCCAACACUGUGAAAUGAUCAACUUUUGAGUUGCUUCUGUUUGCCCCCCCACCCACGUCUGGCCCGUUUCUGUCAUGGCGCCUGGCUGACUUUGCCCGUGUCAGACCGGCUGGUGCCUAUCACAUCACUAUGACAUCACAUCACUAUGACGAUAAAGGAGAGCAAAGUUCAAGGGAAGGAGGGCUGCUUAGCAACCAAACAGAACGGGUAUUUUUUUUAUUUUCUGAAAUGAGAAUCUUGUGAAUGUCCAUUACGCCUUCUUCUUUAAAGUGAAUAUCAGUGAAAAGACCUUUCAAAAAAUUUGUGUUUGUGUUUAGACGUGUGUAAAGGUAGAACUUGUGCCUCGUGUCAGUGAAUUCAUUACUGACUCGUUGUGUGACAUCAGAAUUAAAAUGUUUACUUUCAAAAACCUGUGUGGCUGCUGUCGACUUACACCCGCAUGGCUCAGUCUGGUUCAGGUGUGACCAUAAGAGGAACACACACUGCUUAAUCUAAGUAGUACCUGUCCCUGCCGUUUCGCCCUCCUAUUCAUUCAUCGGCAUUCCAACAGAAUACUUUCCAACAGAACCUGCUUCAUUACAUUACAUUACAUUACAUUACAGGCAUUUGGCAGACGCCCUUAUCCAGAGCGACGUACAACAAAGUGUAUAACCAAAACCAGGAACAAGUGUGUUGAAAACCCUAGAGCGAAGUACUUCCCUCCCACACACUCUUUGAAUUCUGUUGUUUGCGUUUUGAUUCCUUUUCUCCCUGAUCUGUCUCUUUCUCUUUCACCCUCCCUGCAAUCUCAAGGUUUCAUUGACCGAUUCGCCCCCUGGAGGUAAAAAGAAGCCCGGCCUAUGGCUGCAGGCUUUCCUGCCUUUGCGUGUGCAUUGAUUCAAAGCUGUCCAAUCGGCUCCCUCGUCCUUGGACCUUUUGUCUCCUCGCUGCAUGCGAGAAAAAAAAAAAUACACAUGAAAAA